GCGCGUGCACGUUCGCUUGCCUGCUGCUGAGAGAGAGAGAGAGAGACACACACAUAAGAGAAAGGGUUUUUAAACGUGGCUGACGAGAGUGACUAUCCUGGAACAACUUUCUCUUCUGAUCAUUUCAACAACUGAGGAAAAUGACAGAUUCUCUGGACAUGAAGGCACCUAAUAUGACAAACACACCAGGCUCUGGGGCGCAGGAGAUUAUAGUAUCCAACGGACACACUGAAAGUGAGCCCAAUCCUUUUGCUGAAUACAUGUGGAUGGAGCAUGAAGAAGAAUAUAAUAGACAGGUAGAAGAAGAAUUAUGGGAGGAAGAAUUCUUGGAGCGUUGUUUUCAGGAAAUGCUGGAUGAGGAGGACCAGGAAUGGUUUAUUCCCGAACGGGAUUUGCCAGCUAUCAACCAGAUGCAACAACAAAUGAAUGGAUUAUCCAUAAAUGACAGCAGCAAGACAGAGGAACUCGUGAGUAAAAGUACUCUGAAUCCUGAUGCCAAGGAAUUUGUUCCUGGAGUGAAGUACUGAAAUUCUGAAAGUCUUGCAAGCUGCCCUCUGCUGGAGGAAGCAACAAAAAAAAUACAAUUUCUGAACACUGUGAAGCAAGUCACUUUUUAGGAGGGCCUAUUUGUUAUUGAUGCUAUUGGAUUACCCACCUUCUUCCCCUUCUCAACCGAAGACCUGUUUUAGAUUUACUGGGUUUAUUUUGGCUUGUUUCAGCUUUGUUACAAAAACAGCUUGGCCCUUUCACACUUUCCAUUACGUGCAAGGCCAAGUUGGCAUGCUCUUGUUGGUGUACGGUGUUCCAUCUGCCACAUAUCACAUUGGGUCUGUUACUUAAAAUGACUGGUUUCAUAGCUUUGUUGGGGAAAGAGGUGAAUUGAAUGCAAUGCCAACUUAAAACUUGCUCAGUUUAGGGUACUCUGAUUCUCCUGGAAGAAAUGUUUAAAGUGAGACGUUUUUUAAAACAAUAUUUAAAAUUGGCUUAAGCGAAAUAUCAAAAGCACUUUGCCAAAUGAAGUUGAUUCUAAAAGAAUUGAAAACCACCAACUGCUGGAACCUCACAGGCACACGCACGGAGUCACACACAGUCACAACCUUUGUUUUUUUUUAACUGCCUGAUUAUUAUCUCCCCUCUUUUCCCUGCUAUGAGAGCCUUACAAAGAGGGAUGUAGAAUAGCUAUACAGAAUACAGUAUUACCACUGCCAUUACAUGUUGUCAGUUUUAUGGUCUAAGCAUUUUUCCUUCUAAAGUAACAUUGCAUCUAGCAGUAAAAAGAAGCUAAAUAUGUUACAAUGCACAUUGUAAGAUCUUAAAAAUACAGUAUAUAUAUCUUCUUGGGGUUUUGUUUGAAGUGCAGCCCAAACGGGCUAAAAAAAUUCAAAAGGGGUGCUGUUUGUCUAGUUUGUGUGGGGAAAUACUCCACUGACUGAAAAUUAGGUUGCGCUUUUCAUGGCGGUAGGUGUUGGGGGGCCAUGACAGAAAUUUGCCCAAGGUACAGAGUCUGCAAAUGCUUGGCAGAGAUUUUUAUGUAGCAAAUACCUGACAUAAAGAGCCAGUCUUGAGUUAUCACACAAUCAUCCAUGCUUGCAUUUGCCUCAACAGUGAAAAUGGCAUCACUGCUGCAGCCUUUCUUGCACUUUCAUUCUAGGAAGAAGAUGCUUUGUUCAUGGUUCAAAUUUUAUUUUUCUUUUCUUGUCUAGGGGACAAAUUAAUGCAAAAAAUGCUAGCGUGUAACUUCUUAAAAUAAGCUUCUCUAAAGUUUCGGUCAGUGAAAAGUUUGCAAGUUUAACAUUUGAAUGUGAUUUUUUAAAAAAAUCAUGAAUAAAUUCGUUGAGGGGUGGGGAUGUACUGGCACAGGACCUGAUGGUAUGAGAGUGGUUUGGCAAACUAAGUCAUAUGUAAAGCUAAUAGUUUUUCAUUUAGCACAGCAUUUCAGUGGGAGGAAAUUGAAUCGUCUAAAGUUCUGAAGCUCACUUUAUUCAUUAAAUGCACUUGAUGUUCUCUCAGUUGAUCAGAAAACACAGAAAUAACACUUUCCAAUUUAGGAAAAGAAACAUAGAUCUGAUACCUACUUUCCUUCUGAAAGUUAUUAGUUAAUCCAAUUCAGCAUCUUUUGUGGGAAUGGGUGGGGGACAACCUUAGUCUUGAAUGUGAUGCUUUGGUCACUGAUUUAUGAAUUUUGGUGCUGGGAAAAUUCCUUCCAGUGGGUGUGAUUAGGUACUGAGAUGUUGCAAUUUUCUGUGAAUUUAAUGAUUUUGAGCUCAUCAGACUUACACUUUUCCAAACCAUCUUCACUUAAAAUCAUCCAGGUCUUUAACAGGUGGGGUUUUCGGGCCCGUUAGUACUUGUAUGGUUUUAAAUAUUGAAGUCGCUGUACUCCUUGCUGGGCCUUGUAUCAGCUCAUAAUAACAAAACUGUGUUUUACUGAUAAUUUGUUUUAGUUUACCCUGUAGAAGACCUUCAAAAUAUUUUCAUUGCCCCAAUUUCCUGUUCCACCUAGCUAAUCCCACAAACUUUGUUGUUUUAACUUUUUUAGUGUUAUGUAGUUAUGAGAGCAUCUUGAGGACCUAGAAUGAAAUGACUACUGAGAUGCUUCAGCAGUUUUCAUAAUAAUUGAAUACUUACUAAUAGUUUCCUAUUUUCUCCUCACUUCUACCCACUGUUCUAGUUCUGAACAAGGUAAUGCCUUUACUACCAAUUCUGCUACAAAGGUAGUAGAAAUUCCAUUCUAGUUUCUUAAUUGUUUUUACAUGCAAUGAUGCAGUAUAUUUGGUUGUGGCCUAAAGCAUUGUUUGUGCCUCCUUCACUGCCCAAGUAAAGAACAACUCAUACUGUUGCUAAUAAAUCAUAAGUAUAAUUUUUUGCAUAACUUGUAUCAUACCACAGAACACUAUUAUAAAUUAACUUUCCUAUUUUACAGACUGGAUGCAUGAUGUUUUAUUCUGACACUUGACUCUUGACCCUUAAAUUUGAAAGGAGUUUGAGAUAUUUCAAUCUGUUUCAAGGUGACCUGUUUUAACUUUUCCCCCUGGUGACCUAUCACACGGCAGUAGUGGCUGUUUUUUUUGAUGAAAAUACAUUAAUGUAUGUCGAAACUAUUUUCACCGUACUGUCAGUAUUACCUGCUUCUGAGUCAGUUAUAAUGUGAGCCAGGUGGCCUCCUCAAUUGCAUCAUGCCUUCACUAGAACAGUACUCACAUCUGCUUUACUCCAAUCUGACAUUCCUUUUCUCCAAACAUAUUAUGGUCUCUGGGUUGUGUGUCAGAUGCUGCUGAAUUGAGGUCACUUUUGUGUUGCAUAGGUGCCCACAAAAAGCAUUACUUUUGUCUGGAGCAGAAUUGUUGAUGCUAUCAGUCUGAAGGAUUGGAAGCUAGAUUCUGGAGCUAAACAAUGAGUUUGAUGUCCUGAUAGCCUAGUGACUAAAAGCAGCAUCCCAUGUGUGAAAUGAUGCAGACCAGAUGACUCUAGAUGCAAUUUUUGAUGUGUACUAAGAAAGUUGAUCAAAUCAGACAGUAACAAUGAAUUAUUUGCUAUUAGAACUGUACUCCUAGACUAAGAUCCAGCUCCUUAUUAGAACCUGUCAGAAAAAUGUACAUAAGUGAAUGUUUCGCUGAAACAAGAUUUGACCAAGUCAAAACGCUGACCUCCAGAGUUGAAUUGUCUGCUUCUGAACCACCCUUUUGAUGAAUAGUCACUUUUAAGGUAUUGGGGCUGCCAGUGCUGACCGACUGUUUUUCAGCAUAAGUCAGUGUCUUUCAGAUUAUCAAAAUUUGAAUGGGCUAGUUGGUGAUGUUUAGGGGGAGGAUGUUCUGUUGUGACAACUUAUCUCUUUGUUGGAAAACUUGCUAAUGUUUUCCAAAACUGAUCUCAAAUUGACAGUUCUGUUUUAUUUUUCUGAUGCAGUUACUUUUGUCACUGUCAGUUAUUUUACUGUGCCUGCCUGUCCAAAUGGAGUAAAAUGCUGAUAGUUGUCCUCUUCUAAUUAUUCUAUAAUAUUGCCAUAAUCAUGAACUUUCAGGGAAAAUACUUCAUCAAAAUGCAAUUCUAGUAUUCAAAAAAAAAGUUUAUUCCUUUUGAAGAAACAGGGUGUUGCAUUCGAGGUAAGUGUAUGUAGCCUUUAAAAUUAAUGUGUGGCAACUAUUCUGCCCCUCUCCACCUAACUCUCCUAUCUUGAAUUAUAAAGAAGAGAAUAUAAACCAUGGCCAAUUGAGAAUGGUUCCCAACUUGUAUUUCUUCAGUGCAAUAAUAACAGGGAUAUGAAGCAAAGUGCAGAAGAGCACUGAUAACUUUUCUGAAUAGCAGCAAGAUUUAAUUUGGCCAUAUGUGAAUUCCAAGGAAAUCUUUGGCAAUUAAAUGUAUUUUAUAUAUCAAAAUACCCAUAGUCGUUCAAAGCAUCAAAAAUGUGACCAGGCAAUUUAACUUCUGGUUUACUUCUAGUUGAUUGUUUGCUGUUAGGGAGUAACACUUUCAUUCUCUUUCUCGGUCUGUCUGUCUCUCUCUCUCCCCCACUCUCUCCCACCCGCUCCCACACUCUCUCCCACCCUCUCCCACUCUCUCUUCCCCCCCCCCCCCCCCCCACCCCCAUCUCCACUCACCCUGUUGCUUCACCUCGCAAAAGCUGCAAGCAUAACAUCUGUGUAGUAAUGAAAAUCUGCUUCAGAAGAUCUAGUUUGUACAUCUCAAGUAAGACAUUGCCUCACCAUUCAGUUUCACAUUUCACUGUUGCAAAAUGCAACCAGAUUCUUCUUAGGAUGUGGAGAUUGUGUGUUCUUGAUUUCAUUAGCUUUGGUACACUUCCUAUUUAUGCCCAUAUUUUGAAACCAAAAACAAGUGAACAAUCAAGGGAUGUCAUGUCCCAUCACGCACAUAGUCUUUAACCUUCUCAAGGAAAAGGCUGGGUUUAGGCAGUGAUUUUCAUUUUUCAUCUGCACAAUUCAAAAUUUGUUUUCAGAUUGCAAAUAGGAUGCAAAUAAAUAUCUUGGCUGUAAUUAGUCUUGUUUCAGUUUAAUGGUAAACGACAUUGUUAAUUUUUUUUAUUCCUGUUUAGUACUAUGGUUCAUAUACACCACUGCUGACUGUUUUGCUGCUUGCAUGUACAAGGAGAAGCUGGAUCUUUACAAUAGGUGUAUGUAUGAGGUAUGUUUAGUGGUGUAAGGAUUUAUAUUCUCAUGUUGUUAUAAGAAUCUUGCAAGGAAAAUAAUUUGGGACUAAAACGAUUUGUUCUAUGUUGCCGUUAUUCUGGCUACUCCAUGCAUUCAAGAUACCUUUUCUGAGUUAAUUCAGCAUGUUCCAUCAAGCUUGGUCUGUAUAUGGGACAAACAAAGAGUAAACUAAAACAUAAGACUGUUUGGGACAGUGUUGAAGUUGAGAUGUUGAAGACUCAGCUGCUUAUUUCCAUACUUGCCACGUGAAUGGAGUAAUUGGCACUGGUGUUGUAAUCCUGGUCCCUUUCCCAUUUAUGUUGCUUCCCACCUAAAUUUAAUUUUAAAUUUGCAUUUCACUUGGUACAAUAAGCAUUUGAGAUAGUGAAGGAAGUUAGGGAAUGUGGGGAGCAGUUUCCUGUUUUGUUAAUUGCUGGAGGACCACCUUUGGUAAAGCUCCAUCUUUGCAUCUGGAAAAUAAUUAGUGUUUUUGACAUAACCGUGAUAUUUGUAACAAAUGUUUUGAUGUCGAGGCCAUGUAAAGCACUAUAAAAUUAUAUUUUUUCUAUCUUUGUCUUUUUCUUUUUAAUCUUUUUUUUCUCUUUCUGAAAAUCAAUCAUAAUAAUUCAAGGUAACUGAAAGAAUAUAAAUCUAUAAAACCAGGAUAUAUAUGUUUUAACAUGGAAAAGCUUUUUGACCAUCGAAAUAUAUUGAUUCAUUUUGUUACUUUUGGAAAGGUGUAGUAUUAAGCCUCUGCAUUUGGGACAGGGUGAAAUCCCAUUAUUUAACUUCAAGCUCGAUUUUGCUUGCUGUGAGGAUAUCAACCUUCAAAAGAUAAUUUGGCUCCUAAGCAUUUUGCGAUGAUGCAUUUUGUAGAUUGGAACCCUCGGAUUCCUUUUGGCUGAGACACAAGGACAAUAAAAUGAAAACCUAAUUCUUCAGUCCAUUCUAGACAUCAAUGAUGCCACUCUGAAACUGACAUCUGAAAGGUCAACUGGGGGAAACCUUGAUUCUUAGUUCCUUUGCCUUUUCUGGAAAUUAUUCAGCAUCCUUUCUGGCAUGAAUUUCCCUUUUUGCCUGCCCCCUCAUUCUCUAAAUUAUUCUAUUCAGGAUCUUAAAUAGUUGUGUAUUCUUGGCAGUGGAUCAUUGUCCCGUUAAAUUCACUUACACAGUAUCUUUGCCAUUUUACUACCUGGUAGUUAAUGGUUUGUUUCACUCCCAGGGUAAAAUAUUUUUAAACCACAGUGGCCAGCAUAUUUCUGUAUUAAUACCAUCUCUGUAUUAAAAAUUGAAUUCUCAGCAUUUUGUCAAGACAGGGGCAUUAUCUGAUUGUGUUUGCAGAUGUCUCACCUUGGUUUAUUGUUAA